AUGGAUCAAGAGCGGUUGAAGUCCCUCACCAGCAAGCGAGAAGUCAUCCUCGCGAAGGUGAAGUGGGAGCUGUCCGUCGCGAAAGCCAUCAAAACCCGCAACCCGUCCCUCGGUGAAGUGGCGGAACGGCGGGACAAGUUGACCGGCCUCGCUCAGUGUUUUGACGACGUACAGACUGAGAUCGAGGAGGCCACGCCGAACCUGGAGGAGGUGGUCACGGUGUUCAACCACCGAAUCCUGUUCGAGGACGCCUACUUCCAGAUCAAGGACAUCUACACGGAGUAUUUGGACCAGCAUGUUGAGGAGCCGGAAGUUAGGCCGGAAGACCGGCAGGACGAUCUGCGAGACGCCGUCAAGGCGCUCCUUGAAUCCCAGCAGCAGAUGCUGCUCGCGCAGUGCCAAAAACCACCACCACAAACGCUGGCGCUAGCGGCGGGGAGCCAGGUAUCGAACCCGGUACCCCAUAACGUCGUCAAGCUGCCACAAAUCGACAUUCCGAAGUUCACCGGGGAGCGUAAGCACUGGCGCUCAUUUAAGGACCUCUUCGUGUGCACAAUUCACAGCCGUACCGACCUGCGGGAUUCGGUAAAGAUGCAGUACCUGUUCUCCUACCUGGACGGCGAAGCGAAGGGGAAAGUCGACUCGUUCUCGAUCAACGAUGGCAACUACCGUGAGGCGUGGGACGCACUCGUGACCUACUAUGACAAACACAAAUACACGGUGUUUGCUCUCGUCCGGGAGUUUGUCGACCAGCAACCAGUCACCAACGCCAAGGAAUUGAAGCACCUCGUGGCCACAUCCGACGACGUCGUCCGCCAGUUGAAGGCCCUAGGACGGGAGUACGAGUCACGGGAUCCGUGGCUUAUUCACUUGCUGCUGGAGAAGGUGGAUCGAGAGACGCGCUCACUGUGGGCGCAGAAGAUCAUCACCGUGGAGAACCCGACUUUUGCAAACUUCCAAGAGUUCCUGGAGCAGCGGUGUGACGCGUUGGAGACGUGCUCGGCGUUCAGCAAGAAGACGGGCCCUGAAGUUUCGAAGAAGGAGUCUCAAAAGCCAACCCAAAGAAAAGUGCAAGCGUUUCACACGAGCGCUGCUGUGAGCUGCGCGAAAUGCAGUAAAGAUCACCCGACGUAUCACUGCGACCUGUUCAAGGCCAUGGACGUGGCCGGACGGCGGGAGCUAGUCCUCUCUAAAAAGCUGUGCUUCAACUGUCUGAAGCCGCUCCACACGGCGAACAAGUGUCCGUCGAAGUCAACGUGCCGCACGCCCGAUUGUAAGCAGCGACAUCACACGACGCUGUGCCAGCAGCGGCAGCAGCACAGUCAGGAACCCGAGAAGGCUGACCGCGACCAUCCUCCACGCCAACCCGAAGAGACGGAGGAGGCCUCGUCGGUCUCGGCCAACGCAGCUCAAGCCAAGGCGACCAAGCACGAACCGUCGUCGGUGGCACUGCUGCCCACGGUGAUCGCCAACCUGGAAGGGAAGGACGGGAAGUUGCACCAGGUGCGAUGUCUCGUCGACAGCGGAUCACAAGCGUCGCUGAUUACGGAGGCAUGUGUCAAGCGCAUUGGGCUGAAGCGCACGAACGCCUCCCUGGAAGUCACCGGAGUGAACGGAGAAGUCGUCGGCACCACGGCCGGUGCAGUCACGCUGGUGAUGUCUUCGCGUUUCGACGGAGAGACCAAGCUCACCACGCAAGCCUACGUGUUGGGAAGGCUGACGGCAACCCUGCCCAACCAGCGCUUCAACGUAGCAGACCUGCCCUUCCUGGAGGGGCUGGAGUUAGCGGAUCCGAGCUUCAACAGUCCAGGCGAGAUGGACGUUAUUCUCGGAGCAGAUGUCUUCCUGUCCAUCCUACAAGCCGGACAGGUCAAGAAUCGCCAAGGAAUCCCCGUGGCCCAGCGUUCCAUCUUUGGGUGGAUGGAGUUUGACAUCGACCGCACCUUGCGGUUGUUCUGGGAGGACCAGGAGAUCCCUGAAGGCAAGCUGCUGACAACCGAGGAGAAAAGGGUCAUCGAACACUUCGAUUCGACUCUCACGCGCUCAGAGAAGGAUGGCCACUUUAUCGUCAGACUCCCCCUCGACGAUUCAAAGUGCAAACUGGGAGAAUCGCUCAACGCAGCAACCAAGCGCCUGCGGGCCAUGGAACGCAAGUUCCAACGGGAUCCCAACUUCAAGGAACGGUACGUUGCCUUCAUGCGCGAGUACCAGAAGCUGGGCCACAUGGAGGAAAUUCCCGAGACGGAGGUUCAAGCAGACUGCACCAAGUCCUACUAUCUCCCACACCACGGGGUCGUGAAGGAGGACAGCUCCACGACCAAACUCCGGGUCGUUUUCGACGGCUCUUGCGCCACCACGACCGGGGUCUCACUAAACGACCUACUCUUGAACGCACCCAACGUCAACGCAGAUCUCUUCGAUGUGCUGCUGCGAUUCAGAACCUACCCGGUAGUGUUCACGGCGGAUGUUGAAAAAAUGUACCGCCAGGUCUGGGUGCACCGCGACGACACGGACUAUCAGCGCAUCGUCUGGAGAGAGUCGCCCGACGAACCGAUCCGGCACUUUCGUCUGCUGACCGUAACGUACGGGCUGAAGAACUCCGGGUUCCUGGCGAUGUCAGCGCUCAAGAAAGCAGCAGAGGACUUCGAGCAGCAUUACCCUGGGGCUGCUGAGCGGAUCAAGGAACACACGUACGUGGACGACCUGGUCUCCGGUGCAGAUUCGGCGGCAGAAGCAGCGCGGUUGGUGGAGCAGAUCGACGAGAUUGCUGGUAAGGCCGGCUUCACUCUCCGCAAGUGGUGCUCCAACGUGGACGAAGCGCUUCUACCACUCGCCGACGUGAAGAACGCAGCGGUGCCAAUCCAGUUCCCCGACGAACGCAACGCCAUCAAGGCGUUGGGGAUCCACUGGUUGCCGCAAGAGGAUGCGUUCACCUUCAAGGUCAACAUGAAAACGGAUGGACCAAACACGAAGCACCAGUUGCUGUCCGACUCGGCGAAGCUGUUCGACCCCAUCGGAUGGCUGGCGCCAGUGACAGUGCGAGCGAAGAUCCUGUUUCAACAGUGUUGGCUGUACGACAUGAAUUGGCACGACCCGCUGCCCGCCGCGGUCGAGCAAAUGUGGAUCGAGUUUAAGGAGAACCUGCCGCGCCUGGAGCAGGUCAAGAUACCAAGGUGGAUGUCGAGCUACAAUGGACGCGUCGAGCUACACGGCUUCUCGGAUGCCUCCGAGGAAGCCUACUCUGCCGUCGUCUACAUCCGAACGUUCAACGAGAUUGACGGUGCCUACGUCAACAUAGUCGCGGCCAAAACGAAGGUCGCACCAAUCCGGCAGGUUUCACUACCUCGGCUGGAGUUGAACGGAGCGUGGCUUUUAGCAAGGUUGAUGAAACGGGUGGCCAAGGCGUUCGAGCGGUUCAAGGUGGAGAUGUUUGCAUACACAGACUCAACAAUCGUUCUGCACCAACUUGCUAUCCACCCACGCAAACUUGACACGUACGUGGCCAACAGAACGGCAUCGAUCCUGGAAGUACUGCCACGGUCUCGCUGGUUCCACGUCAAGUCAGAAGAGAAUCCGGCAGACUGUGCCUCCCGUGGAAUCUCACCGGCGGAGCUGGUCAAUCAUCCCUUGUGGUGGUUCGGCCCGCCGUGGCUGAAGGCACAUGCGUCAACCUGGAAGCAUGAGAUGCCUGACGAGGAAUUCGACGAAGCAACGCUGGAGGUACGCAAGAAAUUCCGAACGUUCAACAUUGUGGUCAGACUACCAAAAACCACGUACGAAGAGGAGAAGCAGAUUCUUGAGAAGCGUUCUUCACUGCUUGGAGCGUGCCGACAGCUGUCACGGGUCAACCGGUUCCUCUACAACCUGCGACCGGGAAACAAGGAGAAGCGUUCCGGUUCGAUCGCCCCGGCUGAGCUGCACAGCGCGCGAAUGCAGUUCGUAAGGCUGGCUCAGCACGACGUCUUCCAGAAGGAGAUCAAAACCCUCGCCGCGGGUCGCGAGGUUUCACCGAAGUCGAAGAUUGCCAACCUGUACCCGUUCCUGGACGGCGAUGGAACGCUCCGAAUUGGCGGUCGUUUGCAGCAGUCGUCCCUACCGUUCGAGGUCAAGCACCCGGUGAUUCUUCCUAAGGUUCAUCAAUUCACGAAGCUGCUGGUGGAGGAGCUCCACUCGCAGAACUGCCACGCCGGACCGUCGCUCUUGACUGCUACGGUCAACCAACGCUAUUGGAUUCAAGGCUGCCAAUCGGUAAUCAAGCAGGUGAUUCACAACUGUGUGAGGUGCCGUCGUCUGAAGGCCAAGACGGCGCAGCAGCUGAUGGGCAGCCUCCCUGCAGCUCGAGUCACGGCGUGCCGGCCAUUCACUCACGUGGGGGUGGACUACGCCGGGCCCAUACAAGUGCGCUGCAGCAACACCCGAGGAACACGCUGUAUGAAGGGGUACAUCGUCGUGUUUGUGUGCCUCUCAACCAAGGCCGUACACCUGGAGGCGGUCAGCGACCUCACGUCGCAGGGAUUCAUUUCCGCACUCAAGAGGAUGAUCGCACGUCGCGGUUACUGUUGCGAAAUCUGGUCGGACAACGGCACAAAUCUGGUUGGUGCGGACCGACUGCUGCAGGAGAUCUACGAAGCGAUUAUGGCACACAGCAAGGAAGCCGAGCAAUUCCUCUGCAAUCUCGGCAUCAAGUGGAAGUUUAUUCCGCCGGCCAGCCCUCACCAGGGUGGCAUCUGGGAAGCAGCCGUCAAAAGUGCCAAGAGCCUGCUGCGUCCAGUCGUUGGGAACGAAAAACUGACGUUCGAAGAACUCAGUACGGUGCUCUGCCAAAUCGAGGCCUGCUUGAAUUCGAGACCACUCUGCCCGUUGUCAACAUCACCGGACAGUCUCGAAGCUUUGACGCCGGGGCACUUUCUUGUGGGCCAGCCGUUGAACAUGAUUCCAGAGCCCGACGUCAUGCACUUGAAGAUGAAUCAGCUCGAUCGUUGGCAGAAGAUGCAGCGCUACUCCACCGAGUUCUGGAACCGUUGGCGUGAUGAAUACAUCGCGACGUUGCAGCCGAGAGGAAAGUGGCGCGCAAGUGAGGAGAACAUCAAGCCGGGGCAACUGGUCCUGGUCAAGAAUGACAACGCUCCACCAUCCGCCUGGGAGCUGGCCCGUGUCGUAGCAGUUCAUCCGGAUCGAGCAGGACUAGUUCGGAACGUGACGCUGCGUCGUGGGAAGCACGAGUACCAACGCUCGGUGCAGAAGAUCUGUCCGCUUCCGAAUUGA